AUGCAGGAGGUUAACGAGGGCCGGAAACGCCACUGCUGGGAAUGUCUUCACCGCUGUCUCGUCUGCGACUUCACCAAGCCGGCAUGUAAGAGGUGUUCCGCAUCCGACAUUGUCUGUCCUGGAUACAGCGAUGUGAAGCCCGCACGAUUACGAUGGCUCGAGCCUGGAAAAGUCAAAUUCCGUCCGAAACGUUUGAAGGCAUUAAAAUCCUCGAAGGCUUCAAAGGAUAACGAUCUUGAGAAAACUAUUACUAAAAAAGCUACUGGUAGUGUAUCUAACUAUGCAAUGAUUUUGCCGGCGGAGAUUUUCAUCGAACCUGGUGCCUUAAUUCAGGCCGUCGAGUAUUAUAACACCUGCAUAUAUCAAGAUAUGGUCCCAAUAAAUCAACUGGGGCAGAAUCCUCAUCUAUUUCGCAUUUCACCUGCCCUUCUCCAAGAAGCGAUGACAUCCCCACAUUACCUACAGUCAAGCAUGAAAUUUUACAUGUACCGUGGAAAUGUUAUCCGCUCACUUACCGAGGAAUUUAACAUGGAGGAUAAAUGUGCUGCCGAUAGUGUCAUCGCCGGGGCCCUGACUCUUUUACUGAUUGACCUCCGAGGAGGCUUCUUAGAGCUAGCCCGAUCAAAAAGCUUAAAGCCUAUGCUCACUACCAUCUGGUUUGUUGAAGUCUUUGGAAACACAACUUGCCCUGUGUCAAGCCUGGCAUGGACCGAAUCGCAUCUCGAUGCUGUUGAUUUCAUAAUCGAACAGUGUAGCGCCGCGAUAUUACCCUUUCAUCUGUGUCCACUGCCACUAGUUGUUAAGAUCAUCAACAUUAAUCACCUCCGGAUGCGAGGCUGGAAACAUGACCCGAGUGAAUCCGAGGAUCUCUCAAAAGAAGCGUAUGAAAUUCUCCGCCGCAUCCAUGAUUUCUCCCCAGAACAGUGGGCUGCAUCUAAGCCGUUAUCGACUAAGGAGUGGGUACUCAUAGGUACCACUUACCAGAUUGCCAUGAAAUUAUUCUGCAUUCACUCAUUGCAAAGCGUUUCGAUCCUUCUAGAAAUACCAUCUUUAAGGCCACUUUGUACCACAUAUGGCCAGCAUCUGCAGGAACUUCUUACACAGGCUUUAUUAUUCCGGCACAUCAAAAGAUUCAUGAUAUGGCCACUGAUACUACUAGGUGUGGAAGCUAUCCAUGGUAACGCGGAAAUGCGUGCUUUCGUAACUACCCAAUUAACAGAACUGAGCUAUGAGGUUGGCACAUAUGGGCCACUAAUUGCGAAUGGUGUCCUCGAGUCAUUUUGGGCCUCGGGUAAAACACGUUGGGACGAUUGCUUUGAUAAGCCAUAUGCCUUUAAAACGCAAAUUGCGGUCGACAAUAGCCAGAUAAUAACGGGACAAGGCGAAACUACUUGA